AACACUUCCAGGGACGAGCAGGGUCAGAAGGCUUGGAUAGAGAAGACCUUUUCUAAAAGAGAAUGCAUCUAUAUAAUUGCCAACAACAAAGACGCUACCAGGUGCUGCUGUGGGCAGCUCAUUAACCAACAUAUUCCACCUCCUCCAAGUAUAACAGCUAAUAAAAAUGAAGAAGAAACGAAGCAAGUGGAAGCUCAGCCAGAGAAAUGGUCUGUCAGUAAACACACCCAAGCAUACCCAACAGAUGCCUAUGGAAACCUGGAAUUCCAGGGAGGAGGACAUUCAAAUAAGGCCAUGUACAUCCGUGUGUCCUACGACACUAAACCAGAUUCUCUGCUGCAUCUCAUGGUGAAAGACUGGCAACUGGAACUGCCCAAACUCUUAAUCUCUGUCCAUGGAGGCCUCCAGAACUUUGAAAUGCAACCAAAAUUAAAGCAAGUGUUUGGAAAAGGUCUGAUAAAGGCUGCCAUGACUACGGGAGCUUGGAUUUUCACUGGUGGUGUUAGUACAGGUGUCAUUCGUCAUGUGGGAGAUGCCUUGAAAGAUCAUUCUUCCAAAUCCAGAGGACGAAUAUGUGCCAUAGGAAUUGCACCAUGGGGCAUUGUAGAAAACAAGGAAGAUCUAAUAGGAAAAGAUGUAACACGAGUUUACCAAACAAUGUCAAACCCUUUAAGUAAGCUCUCUGUGCUCAACAGUUCCCACACCCACUUCAUUCUGGCAGACAAUGGCACAUUAGGUAAAUAUGGAGCUGAAGUCAAGUUACGGCGUCAGCUGGAAAAACACAUUUCCCUUCAGAAGAUUAACACACGACUGGGGCAAGGUGUUCCUGUAGUUGGGCUCAUAGUAGAAGGAGGUCCCAAUGUGAUCUCCAUUGUCUUGGAGUGUCUGCGGGAAGACCCCCCUCUCCCGGUGGUGAUCUGCGACGGCAGCGGGCGAGCGUCAGACAUCCUGUCAUUUGCACACAAGUAUUCAGAGGAAGGAGGGAUAAUAAAUGAAUCCCUUAGGGACCAGCUUCUAGUUACCAUCCAGAAAACCUUUAACUACAACAGAAAUCAAGCUCAUCAGCUGUUUGUCAUUCUUAUGGAGUGCAUGAAAAAAAAAGAACUUAUCACCGUGUUCCGCAUGGGCUCGGAAGGGCAGCACGACAUUGAGAUGUCCAUCCUCACUGCUCUCCUCAAAGGUACCAAUGCAUCUGCUCCAGACCAGCUCAGCCUGGCUUUGGCCUGGAAUCGUGUAGACAUUGCACGCAGCCAGAUCUUUGUCUUUGGACACCACUGGCCACCUUUAGGAAGCCUUACAGCUCCUGAUGGUACAGCUCCUGAGAAGGAAAAGAAAUCUCCAGCACCUCAGACUAAAGCAGGCAGAGGAAAAGGAAAAGGAAAGAAAAAGGGAGGAAAAGCAAAAGAGGAACCAGAAGAAGAAACAGACCCAAGAAAACUUGAACUCCUGAACUGGGUGAACUCCCUGGAGCAGGCUAUGCUGGAUGCACUGGUCCUGGAUCGAGUGGACUUUGUGAAGCUGCUCAUUGAGAAUGGAGUGAACAUGCAGCACUUCCUGACUAUUCCUCGCCUGGAGGAGCUGUAUAACACUAGACUGGGUCCACCAAAUACGCUGCAUUUGCUAGUCAGAGAUGUGAAAAAGGGAAAUCUUCCACCAGAUUAUCAUAUCAGCCUAAUUGAUAUUGGUCUUGUCCUGGAAUAUCUCAUGGGUGGAGCCUAUCGCUGCAACUAUACUCGGAAAAGCUUUCGGACUCUUUAUAAUAAUUUAUUUGGACCAAAGAGGCCAAAAGCUCUUAAACUACUGGGAAUGGAGGAUGAUGAGCCUCCCACUAAAGGGAAGAAGAAAAAGAAGAAAAAGGAGGAAGAGAUUGAUAUUGAUGUGGAUGACCCAGAAGUCAGCCGCUUUCAGUACCCCUUUCAUGAGCUGAUGGUGUGGGCUGUGCUCAUGAAACGGCAGAAGAUGGCCCUGUUCCUUUGGCAACGAGGGGAGGAAUCCAUGGCCAAGGCUCUUGUGGCUUGUAAACUCUACAAGUCUAUGGCCCAUGAGUCCUCAGAGAGUGAGCUGGUGGAUGACAUCUCUCAGGAUCUGGACAACAACUCAAAAGAUUUUGGCCAGCUGGCUGUUGAACUCUUGGAUCAGUCCUAUAAACAUGAUGAGCAGAUUGCCAUGAAACUGCUGACAUAUGAACUGAAAAACUGGAGUAAUUCUACCUGCCUGAAGUUGGCUGUGGCAGCUAAACACAGGGACUUCAUUGCUCACACCUGCAGCCAGAUGCUCCUGACAGACAUGUGGAUGGGGCGGCUGCGCAUGCGGAAAAACCCCGGCCUGAAGGUAAUAAUGGGAAUUCUCUUCCCUCCCACCAUCCUUUUCCUGGAGUAUCGCAGUUAUGAUGACUACUCCUACCAGACGUCAAAAGAAAAUGAGGAAGGCAAAGAAAAAGAGGAGGAAAAUGCGGAUGCAAAUGCAGAUACGGGCUCCCGAAAAGGGGAUGAAGAGAAUGGAAAGAAAAAACAACCGAGCCUUCCAAUUGGAACAAAGAUCUAUGAAUUCUAUAAUGCACCUAUUGUCAAAUUUUGGUUCUACACAAUAUCAUAUCUUGGUUACUUGAUGUUAUUUAAUUACAUCAUCUUGGUGCGGAUGGAACGGUGGCCAUCAGUCCAGGAAUGGAUUGUCAUCUCCUACAUUGUGACACUGGCUUUGGAGAAAGUCAGAGAGAUUUUAAUGUCAGAGCCUGGCAAGCUGAGCCAAAAAAUCAAAGUUUGGCUCCAGGAAUACUGGAAUAUUACUGACCUGGUGGCUAUUUCAGUAUUUAUCAUAGGAGCAAUACUUCGCCUGCAGAACCAGCCUUACAUGGGUUAUGGAAGAGUGAUUUACUGUGUAGAUAUCAUUUUCUGGUACAUUAGAGUACUGGAUAUCUUCGGUGUGAACAAAUAUCUGGGACCUUACGUCAUGAUGAUUGGAAAGAUGAUGAUUGACAUGCUGUACUUUGUGGUCAUCAUGCUGGUGGUUCUGAUGAGCUUUGGAGUGGCCAGGCAGGCCAUCCUGCACCCGGACGAGGAGCCCUCCUGGAGGCUGGCGCGCAACAUCUUCUACAUGCCCUACUGGAUGAUCUACGGAGAGGUGUUCGCUGACCAGAUAGACCCUCCUUGUGGGGACAAUCUUUAUGAUGAUGAUGGUAAACGCCUUCCUCCGUGCAUCCCAGGGGCCUGGCUCACUCCUGCUAUCAUGGCCUGUUACCUCUUGGUAGCAAAUAUCCUGUUGGUAAACCUGCUGAUUGCUGUCUUCAACAAUACCUUCUUUGAGGUAAAAUCAAUAUCCAACCAAGUCUGGAAGUUCCAGAGGUACCAACUGAUCAUGACAUUCCAUGACAGACCUGUCCUGCCACCACCAAUGAUUAUCUUCAGCCACAUCUACAUCAUCAUCAAGCGGAUCUGCUGCCGCUGCAGGAAGGGUGAUGGAGACCAGGACGAGCGUGACAGGGGACUGAAGUUAUUUCUGAAUGAUGAAGAGCUAAAAAAACUCUAUGAGUUUGAAGAGCAGUGUGUAGAAGAAUACUUCCAGGAGAAAGAGGAUGAGCAGCAGUCAUCUAAUGAUGAACGCAUCAGAGUAACCUCUGAAAGAGUUGAAAAUAUGUCAAUGAGGCUAGAAGAGGUGAAUGAAAGAGAGCAUUUUAUGAAAGCUUCUCUGCAGACAGUGGACCUGCGGCUGUCUCAGCUGGAGGAGCUCUCGGGCCGGAUGGUGAAUGCUCUGGAGAAGCUGGCGGGCAUCGACAAAUCCGAGCUGACGUACACGCGCUCGCGGGCCUCCUCCGAGUGUGACGCUGCCUACCUCCUGAGGCAGAGCAGUGUCAACAGCUCUGAUGGCUACAGCAUGUACAAAUACCACAUCUCUGGGGAUGAGCUGACCUUUGAUGACAGCGCCACGCCUAUGUCACCAGCCAUGCGUAAAAAAGCCCACUCUAUUGGUACCAAAGAAGAUGGAGCCGACCCAAGGAUGCUGGCUCCAGAACACCAAACUGGACUCCAUACCUCGAGUCCUAAUGCAGUUGCUACAGCAGAUCACAGUAAAUCUACCUUAGAAAUUGCACAGAAUGUUUCCAGAGCCCAUUCUGGCUCAGGUGGUUUGGGGAGUGAAAAGCAGGGGAUUUUCAGUAGCGAUGGAAUGAUUCCUCAAAGUGUGAACCAGAUGAAUGCUGUUACGAACAGUCAGUCAGCAGCAGGACCAGAUUUUCAGAACACUCAGUUAAAAGUAGAACGUACCAAGUUAGAAGCAACCAUCUCUUAUCCCUUGGACAAAUCCAAAGCGAUGCGCUAUUUUCCUCCUGAAACUUUCAGUGCUUGUCAAACCACUAUGAUGAAGUCAAGGAGCUUUAUUUUUGCACAAGGUGGAAAGCUGGUUGGAGGAGUUAACAACUGGACCUCAGAGUACAGUACCAUUAUGGAUCAGGUGUGCCCUUCUACAAUUGAGCAGUGGGCCACGGAGUGGAAAUACGAAGUUGAGCAGCAGCUUUCUCAAGAGCGUCCUCCAGAAUACCCAGGGUUGAUCUCUGAAGCAGAAAGGCAAGCAGAGGAGAAGCAGAUGGACACAGAUGAUGAUAGUAAUGUUGGUGAAGCAGGUAUGAGUGCCUCUUACACCUCUAUGCCUGCCCCUGUCAAGGCUGAGGAGAAUUUCCUGUCAGCAAAGCCAGAAAGGACUCCUGGGUUCCCAUCAGUACGCUCCAAGAGUUUGCACAGCCAUUCCCGGAAAGCCAAGUCCGUGAAGGACAAAUUAAAUAGACCAGGACAUGCUAGCAGUGUAACUAAUUUGGUGGUAGCAUUUGGCAGUGCAACAGAAGAACAGAAAACCAGGCAAGAAAAUGCAUCCACAGAAACUGAAUGUUAAAGUGGCUUAUGGCCCCUGUUUUACCAACAGUUGAGA